AUGGCUUUCACCAAGAUCUUCGCUGCCACCCUCCUGGCCUCUGGCCUGGUAUCCGCUGCUCCAACCCAAACUAUUCGAGCAACGCCCUCUACCACCGUCUCAUUGACCGGCGUUACCCACUCUGUCACUGCCGGCCUUGGUGGUCUCAACUUCUCCCCCGAUAACGUUGUCGCUGAGAUCGGCGAUAUCGUCGAGUGGCAUUUCCUCCCCGCCAACCACACAGUUGCUCAAUCCUCAUUCGCCGAGCCCUGCAAGCCCUUGACUGGCAACACCGGUUUCUUCCCUGGUUUCAGCUUCCCAACGAAGGAGAACCAAGCUCCCCAGGUCUUCCAGAUCGUCGUUGAGAACAAGAAGCCCAUCUGGUACUACUGCCCCCAGACGACCGGCAACCACUGCCAGAAGGGCAUGGUCGGAGUCAUCAACCAGAACUUCGACAACCAGCUAUUCAGCCUUGCUAGGCACCGCCAGCUUGCUGCCAACACCACCGUUUCCAUCAUUCCCUCCGUUAUUCAGGGUGGCGCUGUUAUCUCCAACCCCAACCCUAACGGAGGAUUCUAA